AUGGAGAACUUACCAGAUGAGGCGGACAGCUUACCAGAUGAGAUGGAGAGCUUACCAGAUGAGGCAGAGAGCUCACCAGAUGAGGCAGAGAGCUCACCAGACGAGGCAAAGAGCUCACCAGAUGAGAUGGAAAACUUACCAAAAAGGUGUUUCUACAUUGUAAAAUGUUAAGAAAAUUUUAAUUUAUGUUAACCUCUGUUUGCCACAGAUAUACAAAGAGGAACUGGAAUGUUUAAGUCAAUGUUCGAACGGCAAACCUGCCCUCCGAAUCUCCGAUUUAUUGGGGACUGUAGUCCGAAAUUCGUCCGAAAAUGAGCAAGAAAAUACAUGUUAUAUCAACAGGCAAAUUGCUAGAUACGAGCUAGCCUGCUUCGAGAUUUUGCUUCAACCAAUCACAGGACGUUAUUUAUCAAGGCAGCAUUUCAGUUCUUGUUUAAUUGAAUGAUUGCGUGCCUUUUUAGAGUUUUAACUUAUAGCAUGUUUCUUUAAUAUUAUUAGGAGAGUCAGCCAGACAAGGUUAACUCCCGACAUUUGGGCAGAUGUCCCAAUCCAGCGAGUUGAGAAUCUCCCAUAUGACAUAGACGGACUUAAGGUCUACAGCCUAGAAUAUGACAGUGGUAACAAAACGGCAGUUACCGAGGAUGGGAGACAGUGGGGUAAUUAUACUACGUCAAGACGUGCAGGCUUCGUUGGAAAGAGAUAUUUGAAAUCAUGCAAAGGGUCAUACCAACUACGGCGUACUACAAUGCUCAAGAAUGCAAAUUAUAGUAGUCGCAUUUGUCUCAGAGUAAAGAUGCUAUAUUGUUGAUAUAAGCAGUUGCCGUUGUAUUUGCCAAACUCUCUUAUACAGCAAAAACAUCGUUUCCGUCUAGAAUAUUGUUAAGAGCUUUUGAUUGCCCAUCCUUUACUGUAACUUUAAACAAAGAUUUAGUUUUCUAUACAACUCGUCGCUAUAGAACGAUAUUUUUUAUUUGAAUCUUUUGUUGUGUAAAUUUAAUUACCUUUUAUGGCAGUAUAAUGUAGUUAAUUCAAUUUCAACCAAUGGGAACCCUGCGUCGUUUUAAGCAACGCACAGACGCGUUUUUAUUAGCUAGGCCUGCAGGCUCUCUCUCAAAUUUCAAAGAGAGUUCAAAGAGAGCCUGUUCGCAGGCUAGUUAAUGACAAGUUGAUUGAAGCCAUCGAGAACGAAGAAUCCCUCAAAGCAAUUAAUGAUUUGGCAGAUAGUUUGGUCGACCGACAGACGCUGAAAAAGAUGAAGCAGUCAGCUAAAGAGAAACUCGACCCAGUGGGUCACAGUUAUGAUGCAGUGAUGAAGUACAAGACAAAAGUACAGGAUGUACUGAAAGAUCCAUUCCUAAUUUACAAAGUGGACUGUGAAAAACAAAUUGUGUUUAAGACCAGCCGGGAACAGUUACAACUUGCUAUGGAGAUGGACCGUGACGGCCAAGGACAUCUGAAUGUUGAACCGUGCCAUGUGGACGGCAAACACAAUCGUGUCACAGGAUACAUAACCAUCUCUUUAGUUGUGUAUAACCCAAAUUUAAGGGAAAUGACGAAAAUUGCAACAAUGGAAUGUCCAACAGAAAGCAAGGAGAAUAUCGGAAUAUUUUGGGAUUGCCUGAAUACAGCGUUACAGCAAUUCACUGGUGACAACAAAUACGUUUUUAAGCCUCAUCUGUACGUUUUUGAUGAGGGUGGGGGGUUUUGGGCUUCACUGCAAGAACAAUUGGGUACAGAAGAAAUUAACCGGGCCGUUAGCUGUGAUCGCCACUGGGGAUUCUCUGUUGACAGAAAUGCAAAGAAACUGAUUGGAGAAGACCUAAGAAAGGAAUAUCGUUUUCUUUCUGAUUCAGUAUUGAAAGCAUCCACUAAGAACAUGUAUGACAAGGCAAAGGCUGCGUUGGAGAAGUUUAUAGACAACAACCCAUUUUUGAACAACUGGUGGAAAUGGUGGGAAGCUCGUCGAUCCCAUGUUUUUUGCGCCUUUAAGCCUGGUUUCAAUGUGGCAAAGAGGUCCACCACUCAAGAUGGCAUCAUAUUGGUGCAGAGAACCUCACUUUGAUUCAAGCUUGUCGUGAAGAUGUAGCUGAAAGUGUCAAGCUCAAGAGGCGAGUAGAAGGUUAUGAAGUUGGUGCAUACAAAGGAGGCCGUGGCCCAUCCGUCGCGGACCUCCAAAGACGAAGACACGUAGACCAGAAGAAGCAAGCCGAAGCAUUCUGCAAGGAACUUGAUGACUACGUUGAGAAGGGAGAAGACCUUCUUCACCAGCGUUCUUUUCUAAAUUCUGAGCUCGAAAGCAUCACCGAAGGACGUGAUGGGAAGGCACCAACUUCAAAAACCCUGUCAGCAACAACGAUCAAUACUGCUACCGCAACCGCAGCAAAUACACCUACUACAACAAUGGCUGCGAAAGAUUUCAGGAACCCAGAUUUAACAAAACAGCAAUGGUGUAUUUCUCGAGUGGUUUCAAGAGGUCGAACGCCUGCGUGUAAAAUAAAACUACGAUAA